AUGUCAACAUUUAUUUGCUCACUAUGUCAUACACAAUGGGAAUUCAAAACAUUCUCGAAAUUUUUUCGUCAUAUAACAAUAUACCAUCAAAAUGACGCUGGAUUUCGUAUGACAUGUGAUUUAAACGAAACAUGUGGUGUUGCUUAUCGUACUUAUUCGGCAUACAAGGCUGAUGUGUAUCGUCGACAUUCUUCUGAACUUUAUACAUCAGAAAAAAAUAUCUGCAAUACUACUCUUAUUUCUACGAAUGAUAAUCCUGAAGAUACUAAUUCAAGUUUUGAUUCAAGUCUUAUUUAUGAUGAUGGUGAUGAUACGUUCAAUUACUUUGAUAAUGAUAAUACUAUAGAUUUAUCGAAAUUUGAUAGUGAAAACGACUCUGAAGCAAAUACAUUAUCAUCUAUUACAAGUCAAGAUCAUAAAUUAGUAACAAUGUUAGAUGUUAAACGUUUGUAUACAUCAUUUAUUCUACAACUUCGUGAAGAAUUUUACUUACCAAAGAACACCAUUGACACUAUAUCUUCUUAUUUAGUAACACUUAUCAAUCACUUAGAAUAUUUGUUUGAAGCUCAAUCGUUUAACUCUAAUUGUAAUCGUUGCAGUUCGACAACAUCGAAAGAAAAACUAUCUCAAAUUGUUGAACUAAAAACACUGAAAGACAUAAUGAAAAAUGUAUGUAAUGAAAUACAAAACAUUACCAAAAAUGAAUAUCAAUUUAUUAAAGGAUGUGAACAAUUUUUUGAUUACACUCCACCUCAAGAAAUAAUUGUUUCAGAAAAGAAUGAAGAGCUAGAACAAGGAUAUUUUAUCCCCAUUCAAAAAACUUUAUCCUUGAUGUUAUGUUCUCAACCUAUGCUUGCUGAAAUUCUUCAAAAUGUUCAGGCACAACGGUUAGCAACUGAUAUGGAUGAUGAUUUAAUGUUUUCUUAUCGAGAUGGAGCCUAUGGUAGCAGAAUUGAUGAUGGUAGUUUAUUACUUCAACUUUACAUCGACGAUAUAGGAGUGACCAAUCCUAUUGGAGUUAAAAAAGAUCAACAUAAAUUAUCUAUGAUUUACUUUUCUCUUGAAGAUGUACCUGAUCAAUACCGAUCGCGACUUGAUUUUAUUCAUUUGUUGGGAGUUUGUAAAAGUAAAAUCUUGAAGGUAAAAUCUCUUCUAUUAAAUUUUAUUAUUGAGGGUGGUAUCGCAUGCAUCAGA